AUGAACAGACGAAGAGCCCCUGCUGCUGCCCGACCCUCUUCAACUCGUUCCGCCGGUGCCGGUGGUUCUUCAAACACCAUGCUCAAGCUCUAUACCGACUCUGGAGAGGCUGGCCUCAAGGUUGACCCCUACGUCGUCCUCGUCCUCUCCAUCUCUUUCAUCGCCUCCAUCUUCUUUCUCCACAUUGUCGCCAAGGUCGUCAGAUCAUUCUCUGGUUAA